UCACUGCAGCCCCCAGGGCCGCGAGCGCUCAGAUCCCUGCCGCCGGCGGCUUGCCAGGGACGGAUGAAUAUUCAUAAAGACAAGCUCCGCCCAGUCCUAUUGAAUAACAGCCUCUGGGGGCUCUAGGAGGCGGCUGCUACCGCGUGGGUUCUAGUCUAGACCCGGCAGCCGGCCCCGAGCGCUAUGGCUGGGUCGACCGCGUCCCGCCUCCGCGUGCUGGUGGACAUGGACGGGGUGCUGGCGGACUUCGAGGGCGGCGUGCUGCGGCAUUUCCUCGCCCGCUACCCUGGGGAGCCCCACGUGGAGCUGGCGGAACGGAGGGGCUUCUCGGUCCGGGACCAGUACCGCCGCCUGCGGGAGGACCUGGCGGCUAAGGUAGCCAGUGUCUAUGAGUCACCUGGCUUCUUUCUGGGGUUGGAGCCGAUUCCAGGAGCCAUUGAAGCCAUGCAGGAAAUGAUCCAUAUGCAGGACACUGAAGUUUUUAUUUGCACGAGCCCCCUGAUGAAGUAUGAGCACUGCAUCCUGGAGAAGUACAGCUGGGUGGAAAAAUACUUGGGUCCUAAGUUUGUGGAGCGACUGAUUCUGACCCGGGAUAAAACCGUUGUGUCAGCUGACCUCCUGGUUGAUGACAAAGACACCAUUAAAGGUGCGGAGCCUAAGCCAAGCUGGGAACACAUCUUGUUCACUUGCUGCCAUAACAAGCAUCUAGAGCUUCAGACCCCACGCAGGCGGCUGCAGUCGUGGGCCGAUGACUGGAGGGGGAUAGUGGAAAGCAAACGCAGAAGCAAUGUGGAAAAAGAAUGCUAUGCUAGUCUCACUGCCAAUGGGAACUGAUAAGUUAGGAACUGGCAACGAAAUCCCAUUUAAAGAAAGUGCACUGACUUGGGUAGGGGCAGUUUUAAGGGCCAAAGAUACAAAGCUUAUUUUUUUAAGAUUUGUAUCUUCUUUAGACUAUUUCUGAAAUGUAGUUGCAAUUAAAUUACUGACUCUUUAUGGAGAGUCAUUAAUGACGUUUGGAGGGAGAAACUUGACAAGAGAUGAGCAGCUGCUUAUAAUGCUAGGUAGCAUGUUUUGGGUUGGCAGGAAGGGAGGAUGAAGAAAUUAGAAAGAGGAAGUAGGGCUGUAAAACUCUAUGAAAGCACUCUGCUCUCUGCCCAUUCACUCAAAUACCUGAAGCUGUAAGUAUGAGGGACACCAUCAUGUUAGGAAAGGAAAUCUUGUUUUCAACAGUUUAACCAUUUUAAUAAUCUCACAUACUGAGCCAGACUGGCUGUUCAGCACCCUUCCACUUUUUACCCUACUUGGCUCAUAAUGAAAGUAGAUAGUUUCACUUCCUGGUUCUCCUGCAUUAAUAUGAGCUGCUAAGAUUUAGGUUGCAAAUGCUGUAGUUGGUGAAUGUCUGAUCCAGAACAGUUUACACUUAAUAAAACAUUAACUUAAAAAAGAACGUAAGAGGAAGUUUUACAAAAGCUACCACAAGACCAGUUGUCCUUCUGAGCUGAAGUCUGCUGUUAGUAUUCCCUUUUAAAUCUUAAUCUGCAUCUUUCCCAACAGCUAUGUUGUGGUGAAUAUAUUAUUCCUAUUGAUAUUUAACAUCAGUAGGGCUAGUCCUGUAUCCUAAUUAACUGGCCAGGUGCCUGUGGUAUGAGGAUGCUGGCUCAUACUUAGUCCUGAGGUAUGUGAUCAGACUGCAAAUUGUAGGGGGAAGAAGGAGUGUUCUCGCCUAUUGAGAAAUAAAGACCAUAUGAUUUAAACAUA